CCCUAGCAGCCGAGUGAAGUGCAGCAAGUGCGGUGAGAGGCGCAAGAACAGCAGCCGGCGUGAUGUCUUGAGCUGUGGUAUCACUUUUCUCCCGUUUGCAGCUUUCUCCUCGAGAUGGUCUGCUUAGCUGCUAACAAGCUGUAGCUUUGACAAUUUUUUUAGUUCUUUUUAUUUUUAAUCAGGGGGAUGAAUAUGUGGAGGGGCUUUUAGGAUAGGCAAGGGUGGGACAGGCUUAGCCCAGGGGCUCGUAGGCUUACAUCGGACAUCCCGGGUGGGGGUGAAGAGAUAGAGGCAAUAAAAAGACAAGAGGACGAAAGGUGUGAGCCCACCAUGACGGAAAGGUGCAGUCUGUGGAGCGCCCUGUCAGCUGCAGCAUGCUGCUUCUACCGGGGAUCUUUCAUGCAGGUGCAGUUCUCCAAGGAGAAGUACCUGCUGGAGUCUCCUCCCGAGAAGCUACGUAAGGAGCUGGAGGAGGAGCUAAAGCUGAGUCCUGCUGACAUCAGGAGCCAUGGUUGGUACCAUGGACACAUACCCAGAGAGGUGUCCGAGACUCUGGUGCAGCAUCACGGAGACUUCCUGGUGCGUGACUCUCUGAUCAACGCAAGUGACUACGUGCUGACCUGUCGGUGGGAUAACGAUGUGCUGCAUUUCAAGAUCAGCAAAGUCCUGGUCAAAUCCAGCGACACCAAGGUGCAGUACGUGCUGGAGUCGGAAAGCUUCGACUCGGUCCAGGAGCUGGUGCGUUUCUACGCAAGUCAGCGUAAAGCCAUCUCUCAGUCCAGCGGUGUCCACAUCUACUGUCCGGUGAGCCGGACUCUGCCGUUGCGAUACCUGGAGGCUACUUUCGCCCUAUCCGGCGGCAAGCACGGCUGCGCCUACUCGCCGUCCAAUCAGAGGGGAGCUUACAUCAAGAGGCGGAGCGUCACCAUGAUGGACGGACUCACCACGGAGAAGAUGAUGCCUCACAGCCCUUCCACCAUUCACCACCACAAAGAUGCAAUGAGGAACUGCGCGAUGAGCAUGGACCAGAUCCAAGAGUAUCGCUGCCCCUUGUCGCCUGUCCGCGAGACGCCGAUGUCUCCUGCAUACUGUGCAAUCACCAGACAAAGAGCCCACUCAGGUGGGCGAGUCCUGGCGGUGGUGCCCCCUUCCCCCGUCACACGCCGUUCCAGCGACCCUCAGCUCAGCCCGUCUUCCGGCAACAACCCCCCAGAGCAUCCCGUCUUUCACUCGGCGCACUCCUCUCCCGCCCAUCAUUCGACUUUUCAAUCACACUCUUCCGAAACGGCGGGGAGCUACUGCGACCUCAGACCUUGCCCGGCCGGACCACCUAAACCUCCCACCAAGGGUUACGUGGAGCGCUUGCGGGUGGAGGAGGGGAGGAAUGAGUGUGUGAGGGAAGAGGGAGACGGGAUGUGCAGCGCUCCUCAGGUGGAGACGGCUUCCUUGUUUCGACCAUCCAGAUAUGAGUCUGGCAUAAUGCCAGCUGACAAUAAACCUCUGGAGAUGUCCGUGUUGAAGAGAGUGAAAGAGCUGCUGGCUGAAGUGGAUGCGAGGACGGCGGCAAAGCAUAUCACCUUGGUGGACUGCACGAUUGCCAGAAUACUGGGUGUCAACUCGGACAUGCAAAGGAUGAUGGGCGUGUCCUCGGGCUUGGAGUUACUCACACUACCUCACGGACACCAGCUAAGACUUGACCUACUGGAGAGGUUCUACACCAUGUCUAUCAUGACGGCCGUGGACCUGCUGGGUUGCACGGGAAGCACCGAGGAGCGGGCGGCCCUGCUCCAUAAGACCAUCCAGUUGGCGGCUGAGCUGAAGAGCAACUUGGGGAACAUGUUUGGCUUCGCCGCCGUGAUGAGGGCCUUGGAGCUGCCACAGAUUUCCAGGCUGGAGCAGACGUGGGUGACGUUACGCCAGAGACAUACAGAAGGUGCCAUCCUGUAUGAGAAGAAGCUCAAACCUUUCCUGAAGAAUUUGAAUGACGGCAAAGAGAGCAGCGUCGUAUCCAGCACCACCUUCCCGCACAUCAUCCCCGUCCUGUCUUUGCUGGAGCGAGGCCUGGCUCUCGGGGAGGUGCUGGAGCCGUGGGAGAGCUCGGAAGUGGGCGUCGACGUGGUCAUGCACCACCUGGAGGCGGCUCGAACCGUCGCGCAUCAUGGCGGGAUCUAUAGGAGCAACGUCGAGAGCAAAUUGCAGGGAUUCCAAGUCCAAGCUGACAUCCACGAAAUCUUCCAGACGGAGUUCCAGAUGCGUCUACUGUGGGGCAGCCGCGGAGCCGAGGGCAGCCAGCUGGAGCGCUACGAGAAAUUCGACAAGGUCCUCACCGCCCUCUCCCACAAGCUUGAGCCUCCAGUGCGCCACAGCGAGCUAUAGCGAAGAUGUUCACAACAAAGACAACUUGCAUUGAUCUGCACUUACCACUCCAAAGUGGUCUUGUCUUGCAUGGCCAAAAAGGCGGAGGAGAGCGGGUGGACCACUGUGAGUGGAGAGGCAGCUAAAAGUACAGCCGGAUGUCACGUACUACACAACAGACACUCACUGUAAACUGUGACACUGAGGACGUCCUCACUUAUCCCUAAAAUGUCCAGAAGAGGGCGCAAAUGUCCCCCAAGGGUCCAUCUCCAAAGUUUGGCUUUGCUCCGCACACACAGAUGCUUCCCUGCUGUCUCACGCUGUCGUAGGAAUGACAUUUUUAUUGGAUCAUAAUGUACAUGACUUUUUGUAAUUAUGUCAAUCAUGUGAACAUUCCUUCAUUCCUUAUUUAUUUUUUUGUUAGAGCAGCUUCAUCCAUUCAGGGCAUGCCGGACCUCGUGACAAGCGGGAAGGAGCCAUAAAAGCUCAAGAUGGAGCGGGUCCAUCAAAUAUAUAUCAGCCACUCAUUAAUACAUGCAUCUUAAAUGAAGAAGGGAGGCUUUGAGAAUUGUUCAAAACUCACGUUGUCUACUAAAUGUUGCUAAAAGCGAGGCAAGGUUGCUGUAGUAUUCCACGUACAGCAUAAACAUUCAUGAAAAUACUCACGAUGCGCAUUUGGACCAUCACUUAAUUUAUUCAUUUUUUAUGAAUGGGAUGAAUCUUUCUGUAUGUUCUAAACUCCUAUUUCAAUGUUGUGCAUGUAAAAUGGAAACGCAACACUGCCUUCAGUAGUUCACUCCAUUUUGAGUCAGUUAUGCAAACAAUCAAAAUUGAUUUCUGGUUUAUAAUGUUCAUUCAUUGGACACUAGCAUUUUUUUUUGGUAGUUAUUAAUAAAGGUUGUAAAUGAACCUUGUGAAACAAAAAACUCCAAAUCACAGUAAAGGUAAUGCUUCUUGGAUGCACCCAGUGUGAUUGAUCUGUGAAGUUACCUUGUGAUGAUUUUGUGUUACCUUAAUUUUUAAGCAGUAUACUCAGGAUCUUUUGUUCAUAACAAUAGUUGCUAGAGGGACUCCUGUUUCCAUUCCAAUGUUCUUAGCAGAAUAAUGACAACAGCCAAAGCCCCAUUUCACUUAUUCUACUAAAUACUUUACCCUCCCUCCUGUCCCGUUGUUCUCUACCUCCAAAUCCGAUAUGAGCAUUCUUUAACAUACUCUGAAUGUUCAUGUCUGAUAUUAGUCAAUCAAUAUGAAUUAAUUCUCUAUCUGAUCUUUACAUGAGUGUUAUUUUUUAGUGGGAAACGCGUUAGUGGUGGGGUACAAGGUGUACAGGUCAUGCAAAAAAAAAGAGACAGUGCGUCAUAGCCAUUAUAGCCCAGCAGGAGGCGCCCUUAAUUCAAACAAGCUCCAGAAUUGUAAUGCAUCUGUGUUGUGUAUUUUCUGAACCCUGAUUCCGGUUUGUCACCUGCUCACACUGAUGGUGGAAGAAUGAUUUUUAUGUAUUUUUAUUAAUUCUUGCUUUGGAUACUGAAAAGGUGAUGCUUUGAGGACUGCGUGGAAGAGGGUUAGGGUGACAGUCUGAUGAAUUUUGUUGUGGUUGCUUUUGGUUUUUUUUCUAUAUAUUCUACAUAGCAAUUCACUCUUUUUCAAAUAAAAGGAUUGCUUGUGUCAUA